GGGCGGGCGCAGCAGGGUAGGCUGAGCGGCGGCUGUUAAAGGCGCCGGCGGCCCGGUCCGCCGGGGACGCAGAGUCCCGGCAGGCAGGGGUCAGCUCAAAGACAAAGGGAUGGCGGGGAGCACCGGGGGCCGCCGCUACCCGCCGCAGCCGUCCCCCGAUCGGCGGGCAGGGCCUGCGGCGGCCGCGGCCCGCUGCCAGGAUGUCCACGGACGGCGGCUUCGGCCCCGCCAGCAGCAGCGAUGCCCAGCAGAGCCUCCAGUCCUUCUGGCCGCGGGUGAUGGAGGAGAUCCGCAACCUCACUGUGAAAGACUUCAGGGUUCAAGAACUCCCUCUGGCUCGGAUUAAGAAGAUAAUGAAACUCGAUGAAGACGUGAAGAUGAUCAGUGCAGAAGCUCCCGUGUUGUUCGCCAGGGCGGCUCAGAUCUUCAUCACAGAACUGACUUUGCGAGCGUGGAUACACACGGAAGACAACAAGCGCAGGACUCUGCAGAGGAAUGACAUCGCCAUGGCAAUUACCAAGUUUGAUCAGUUCGAUUUUCUUAUCGAUAUUGUUCCAAGAGAUGAACUGAAGCCUCCAAAGCGGCAGGAGGAGGUGCGUCAGGCUGUGACCCCAGCCGAGCCUGUACAGUAUUAUUUCACGCUCGCUCAGCAACCUGCUGCCGUGCAGGUUCAAGGCCAACAGCAAGGCCAACAAACCACCACAUCCACCACGACCAUCCAGCCAGGACAGAUCAUCAUCGCCCAACCUCAGCAGGGGCAGACCACCCCUGUGACGAUGCAGGUGGGCGAAGGGCAGCAGGUACAGAUAGUCCAGGCCCAGCCGCAAGGCCAGACCCAGCAGGCUCAGAGUGGCACCGGGCAGACCAUGCAAGUCAUGCAGCAGAUCAUCACCAACACAGGAGAAAUCCAGCAAAUCCCGGUUCAGUUGAAUGCUGGCCAGCUGCAGUAUAUCCGCUUAGCCCAACCUGUGUCAGGCACCCAGGUAGUCCAGGGGCAGAUCCAGACGCUUGCAACCAAUGCUCAGCAGAUAACGCAGACAGAAGUCCAGCAAGGACAGCAGCAGUUCAGCCAGUUCACAGACGGACAGCAACUUUACCAGAUCCAGCAAGUGACCAUGCCUGCAGGCCAGGACAUCACCCAGCCCAUGUUCAUCCAGUCCACCAACCAGACCUCAGACGGCCAAGCCACACAAGUGACAGGGGACUGAGCAGGGACGGGGACGUUACCGCAAAUCCCGCGCCGUUUGCCGUCCCGCUCGGUUGAGUACAUCAGCUUCUGUGUAUCUGUACUUGAUAUUAAGCCUAUAGUAGGCUGCAAUCUCCGGUGCACUAUACACCUUCCUCUGCUGGGUAUGAGAGAAUAUCCAACAGACACUGACAAGAAUGCAAUAUUUUUAUUUUUAGAAACCGAUAUUUCAGUGUAUUCAGCUGCUUGUUCAGACCCAUUAAACUGAAAGAGAACUAAUCGAAAGGCAUUUGUAGCAUCUCAUUGAACAACGUGUAAAACGUUUUUAUCUAGUAAAAUUAUUAAAGGGUACUGCAUCUGGUUUGUUGUAAGAGCUUUAUUCCCGGUAUUCUGUUUGUAUUUUUAUUCUCUGAAUAGAGCUAGAUGGAGUCCUCCCAUCUCAGUGGUCUGGUGGGGGCGUAGUUUGGGGGCGUGUGUAUGUGUGUGUUAGAUUUGCCUCUCCUGCCUCCUUUUUUGGUAAACAGGAGCAUUGGCUCUAUGCAGCUCGAGGGCAGGGAGUGAAGGAGUGAGAGUGAAAACAACAACAACAACAACAUUCCUUGUAUUAUGACUGUAUUUUCUAGGGGCAAAAGAUCCUUUAAUUUGGCCUGGUUGAUUCCAGGAACACUAAUGGAAAUCAGGACAAACCCCAGCCCUGCUGUUACCUGUUGUACUAGCUUCAGUCCAUGCAUGUAAUAUAAGCUUCGUAAAAUGAAAUAAAUUUCCUUUGUAAGAUAA